CGGAAUCCAUUUCAAUUUCUACAGCCCCGCGCUAAUGAUCCCCAGAAUUAACCUAGACGCCGGAGACCGCGUAUCGCCGUCGGCUACGGCAUCAGGCGUCGUUCCAAACUUGUUCUUGAUUCUUCUCCCGUCUGAAGCAGGGCUGAGCCGCGGCGACGUCGGCAAGCCCAAGAAGAAGUUACAGCGGAAUGAUCGCAGCAACCGCAAUACGCGUGCCUAUGUGCUGAUAGAUCACAUAGUCUCUCACUCGUGCCUGCUCAGAGACUGCAGGUGGACUCCCAGACUGCUGAGGCUUGCUUCUAAUUUUGGCUGGAAUGGGAGAAGGAACGUCUAUGAGCAUUUCAAUCAGUUGGAGGAAAUGAUAGAUCACAUAUGUCUCACUCGUGCCUGCUCAGAGACUGCAGGUAGACCUCCAGGUACAUGGUGAAUGAAGGCUGCAUUGAAGUGGUUUUGUAAUCAUCUAUUGUUCGAUUGCACUGGUCCAUGUCUUACGGGGCUCAAAAAUAUCCUUCAGGCAGGAGAUGCUGACAAGGUUGGUGGGAUCAAUAUUCACGCACAAAUGAUCAAAGACAUCGGUGGAUUCCAUAAAAUUGAAGCCCUGAAGACAAAUCCGGGCCUUGGUGAGAUGGCUUCAAAGAUCAUGAGGAAGUAUUGGCCAAGCGAAUGGGAAGAAGUCAUUGGUAAUAAUAUUGUGAGUCAUUCCAGAUCAAUGAAAUGACAUACUUUUGCUUGUUAGUACCCUGUAGACUGUUGAAGAAAUUAAGCUUGGGAUUUUUUUGAGCCUCUUGGUAAGCAUGACAUAACUGUAUUAAGUGCAUUCUUGCUGUACUCCCUAUUGUUGUCAUUCCACACAUCACCAAUAAAGCUGAUUAAACA